CCCCAAUUAAUGAGUACUAGUUCAGGAAAAAGAGCCGAUGAAAAUCUGAUUCGCGUGUGAAGCCGGAAGACAUGGAGGCAACCUUACCUUUCAAGAAUAUCCAUAGCCGAGAGUAUCAAGGUCACAAGAAGAAGGUGCAUUCGGUGGCUUGGAAUUGCUCAGGCACGAAGCUCGCUUCUGGUUCCGUGGAUCAAACCGCUCGUGUCUGGCACAUUGAGCCGCACGGACACGGUAAGGUUAAAGAUAUUGAAUUGAAGGGUCACACUGAUAGUGUGGAUCAGCUGUGUUGGGACCCCAAACACGCUGAUCUAAUUGCAACUGCGUCAGGUGACAAGACUGUGCGUUUGUGGGAUGCUCGAAGUGGGAAAUGCUCACAGCAGGCAGAACUUAGUGGGGAGAACAUCAACAUUACGUAUAAACCCGAUGGGACACACGUUGCUGUUGGCAAUAGGGAUGAUGAACUAACAAUACUAGAUGUUCGGAAAUUUAGGCCAAUCCAUAAGCGCAAAUUCAGCUACGAGGUAAAUGAGAUUGCGUGGAACAUGACAGGGGAGAUGUUCUUUUUGACCACUGGAAAUGGUACUGUUGAAGUACUAGCAUACCCAUCUCUGCGACUGCUUGACACCCUUAUGGCUCAUACAGCUGGCUGCUAUUGUAUUGCAAUUGAUCCAAUAGGAAGAUACUUUGCUGUUGGAAGUGCUGAUUCCUUAGUCAGCCUUUGGGAUAUAUCAGAGAUGCUCUGUGUGCGAACAUUUACAAAACUUGAAUGGCCUGUCCGCACAAUAAGCUUUAAUUACACCGGAGAUUAUGUUGCUUCUGCCAGUGAAGACUUGUUCAUUGAUAUAUCAAAUGUUCGAACUGGACGGACAGUGCAUCAGAUACCAUGUCGGGCUGCCAUGAACAGCGUGGAAUGGAAUCCUAAAUACAAUUUACUUGCAUAUGCUGGAGAUGACAAAAACAAAUAUCAGGCUGAUGAAGGUGUUUUUAGAAUAUUUGGCUUUGAAAGCGCCUAAUAAUAUCAAAGGCAAGAGAGCAUUUGGGCCAGGUUUUUAAUCAAUUUUGCGUGAAGAACACCAAUUGGAUUUGUCGGACUUUGGCUCAUAGUGGCUUUUAUUUAAAUUUAGAUAUAACUGAAAGUUGUAACCAUGGUUGUAAUCGCGGCACAACUUGUUAAUUUACUUUUCUGAGGUUGGAUGAUUAUAUAGAUGAAACGAAAGAGAAGCAACUUUGUGGAGCUUUCUGAGAAGUAGCGCAGAGUAAUAUUAUAUGAUUUAUUA